AUGAGUUGGGGACUCAAAGCCACAGUAACAUCAGCCGCCUCAUUGGCCGGUAUCGCUCUUUUGGCUCUGUCCAUUGGCAUGCCAAUCCUCAUGAACGACAUUGCUCUUCUUGAGAUCGAGGCUCAGCUCGAACAUCAAACCUACAUGGACAUGUCCAACACUAUGUGGUCCGAACUCAUGGAACAAGACAAAGUUAUCCGCCACGCUCGUGCCGCUGCUCCAGUUGUUCAACGUGACAGAAGACAAUGUAAGUAACUCAAAACGAAACAUAAAAUACCUUCUUCAGACGACUCCGCCGCCAGCAGUGGCCCCAGUGAACAAAAGUCCGAACAAAAACCAAACAGCUGCCCAGCCGGCCCCAAGGGGCCACCAGGACCAAAGGGUGAAGACGGUAUGCCAGGUAUGGACGGACAAGCCGGUCUUCCAGGCCUCGGUGUUGGAGCCGACGACAACCCAUACGGCGUCACCCAAUCCAGCUCAUGCCAACCAUGCCCCGCCGGACCACCUGGUCUGCCCGGCUACAAAGGAAAGCGCGGAGGCCGCGGAGAGAAGGGCGCCAAGGGAGAGCCAGGAUUGGCCGGCCGCGACGGUAUGGAAGGCGAAGAAGGACCAGAAGGUGAACUCGGCUACCAAGGCGACCAAGGACCACAAGGAGAUAAGGGUACCCCAGGAGAGGACGGAAUCGGCUACGCCAAGGGACCAGCCGGACCAAAGGGAGAGCCAGGUAUGCCCGGUUUGGAAGGAGACGAAGGUCUACCAGGAGAACGUGGUGAUGACAUGCCACCAGGCUCACAAGGUCUUCCAGGACCUCAAGGUCCACCCGGUGAGCCAGGAAAGGACGGUGUUGCUGGACUUUCCGGAGCCGGUGGUACUCCAGGAGCUGACGCCGAGUACUGCCCAUGCCCAGAACGCGGCUCUGGCGGAAACGCCGGCCCAUCUGAGGCUGCCGCUAGCCACGGACCAUCCGGAAAUGCCGGUGGAGCCUACGAUAAUCCAGCCGCCGCCGCCGCUGCUCCAGAACAACCAGCCGCCAAGGAGCCUGCUGCUGCUGAACCAACUGCUCCAGCUGCCGCUUCACCACCCCCAUCGGGUGAAGAGACUGCACCACCAGCCUCGUCAUAUGAUGGUUCGGCUUCAGCCGCUCCAGCUGAGCCUGUCAUCAGCACUCCACAGAACACUCCAGCUUCGGCUAACAACGCCGACUACCAACGCGCUGUCGCUUCGAGACGGUUCGCUGCCUACUCCAAGCUGGCUCAUGCCGCUUCUCUUCGUCGUCGUCAUCUUUAA